AUGGCCUUGCCAACGGCUCGACCCCUGUUGGGGUCCUGUGGGACCUCCGCCCUUGGCAGCCUCCUGUUCCUGCUCUUCAGCCUCGGAUGGGUGCAGCCCUCGAGGGCCCUGGCUGGAGAGACAAGGCAGGAGGCUGCGCCCCUGGAUGGAGUCCUGACCAAUGCACCUGACAUUGCCAGCCUCUCCCCACGCCAACUCCUUGGCUUCACGUGUGUGGAGGUGUCUGGCCUGAGCACAGAGCUCGUCCAGGAGCUGGCUGUGGCCUUGGGACAGAAGAAUGUCAAGCUCUCCGCAGAGCAGCUGCGCUGUCUGGCUCACCGGCUCUCUGAGCCCCCCGAGGACCUGGACGCCCUCCCGCUGGACCUGCUGCUAUUCCUCAACCCAGACGCGUUCUCGGGGCCCCAGGCCUGCACCCACUUCUUCUCCCGCGUCGCGAAGGCCAACGUGGAUCUGCUCCCGCGGGGGGCUCCUGAGAGACAGCGGCUGCUGCCCGCGGCUCUGGCCUGCUGGGGUGUGCGGGGGUCUCUGCUGAGCGAGGCUGAUGUACAGGCUCUGGGAGGCCUGGCUUGUGACCUGCCUGGGCGCUUUGUGGCCGAGUCGGCAGAAGUGGUGCUACCCCGGCUGGUGCGCUGCCUGGGACCCCUGGACCAGGACCAGCAGGAAGCAGUCAGGGCAGCUCUGCAGAGAGGAGGACCCCCCUACGGCCCCCCGUCAACGUGGUCUAUCUCCACCCUGGACGCUCUGCAGAGCCUGUUGCCUGUGCUGGGCCAGCCCGUCAUCCACAGCGUCCCGCAGGGCAUCCUGGCCGCAUGGCGGCAACGCUCCUCUCGGGACCCAUCCUGGCGGCAGCCUGAACAGACCGUCCUCCGGCCGAGGUUCCGGCGGGACGUGGAGAGGACAACCUGUCCCCCAGAGAAAGAGGUCCACGAGAUAGACGAGAGCCUCAUCUUCUACAAGAAGCGGGAGCUGGAAGCCUGCGUGGAUGCAGCCCUGCUGGCCGCCCAGAUGGACCGUGUGAACGCCAUCCCCUUCACCUACGAGCAGCUGGACGUCCUAAAGCAUAAACUGGAUGAGCUCUACCCACAAGGCUACCCCGAGUCUGUGACCCGGCACCUGGGCCACCUCUUCCUCAAGAUGAGCCCUGAGGACAUUCGCAAAUGGAACGUGACGUCCCUGGAGACCCUGAAGGCUCUGCUCAAAGUCAGCAAGGGGCAUGAAAUGAGUGCUCAGGCUCCUUCGUGGCCCGUCCCACAGGUGGCCACCCUGAUUGACCGCGUUGUGGUGGGAAGGGGCCAGCUAGACAAAGACACCGUAGACACGCUGACUGCCUUCUGCCCCGGGUGCCUGUGCUCCCUCAGCCCCGAGCGGCUGAGCUCCAUGCCCCCCAGCGACAUCGGGGCGGUCAGGCCCCAGGACCUGGACACGUGUGGCCCGAGGCAGCUGGACGUCCUCUAUCCCAAGGCCCGCCUUGCUUUCCAGAACAUGAGCGGGUCCGAAUACUUCGUGAAGAUCCGGCCCUUCCUGGGUGGGGCCCCCACGGAGGAUUUGAAGGCUCUCAGUCAGCAGAAUGUGAGCAUGGACUUGGCCACGUUCAUGAAGCUGCGGAGGGAAGCGGUGCUGCCGUUGACUGUGGCUGAGGUGCAGAAACUUCUGGGACCCCACGUGGAGGGCCUGAAGGUGGAGGAGCAGCACAGCCCCGUGCGGGACUGGAUCCUAAAGCAGCGGCAGGACGACCUGGACACGCUGGGGCUGGGGCUACAGGGCGGCAUCCCCAACGGCUACCUGAUCCUAGACCUCAGUGUGCGAGAGGCCCUCUCGGGGACGCCCUGCCUCCUAGGACCUGGACCUGUACUCACCGUCCUGGCUUUGCUCCUGGCCUCCACCCUGGCCUGAGGACCCUACUCCUUCGCUGGCCCCAGCCCUGCUGGGGAUCCCCGCCUGGCCAGGAGCAGGCAUGGGUGGUCCCUGUUCCACCCCAGGAGAACCUGCGCUCAGUAAACGCGAACAUGCCCCCUGCAGACA